GGGGUCGCUGGGGCUUCGUGGUGCGGGGGGCUUACGGUGUUUCGCCCGUUUCCUCACCUCUCCGGUGCUGUCUCGCGGCGUCCUGCGUGGCCUGCGUUUCAGCGGGAGGCCAGGGAAGGGUGAAGAACAGAUGUCAUCAUGUCUGGAAUCAAGCGAACAAUCAAAGAAACUGACCCUGAUUAUGAGGAUGUAUCUGUGGCCCUUCCAAAUAAGCGGCAUAAAGCAAUUGAGAAUUCAGCUCGAGAUGCUGCUGUGCAGAAGAUUGAGACUAUUAUCAAGGAACAAUUUUCACUUGAAAUGAAGAAUAAGGAACAUGAAAUUGAAGUCAUUGACCAGCGACUGAUUGAGGCAAGAAGGAUGAUGGAUAAACUUCGUGCCUGCAUUGUUGCAAACUACUAUGCUUCUGCAGGACUUCUAAAAGUUUCUGAGGGAUCAAAGACAUGUGAUACGAUGGUUUUUAAUCAUCCUGCUAUCAAGAAAUUUUUGGAAUCACCAUCUAGGUCAUCAUCUCCUGCCAAUCAGAGAUCAGAAACACCAUCAGCCAAUCAUUCUGAAAGUGAUUCUUUAUCUCAACACAAUGACUUCUUAUCUGACAAAGACAAUAACAGCAAUAUGGAUAUAGAGGAAAGACUCUCAAACAACAUGGAACAGAGACCAAGUCGAAAUACUGGAAGGGACACUUCUAGUAUUAUUGGCUCCCAUAAAACAGAGCAGCGGAAUGCUGAUCUUACAGGAGAUGAGACUUCACGACUUUUUGUAAAGAAAACAAUAGUAGUGGGCAAUGUAUCCAAGUAUAUACCUCCCGAUAAGAGAGAAGAAAAUGACCAGUCAACCCACAAGUGGAUGGUGUAUGUGCGAGGGUCUCGUAGAGAACCCAGCAUUAAUCAUUUUGUCAAGAAAGUUUGGUUCUUCCUUCAUCCCAGCUAUAAACCAAAUGACCUUGUGGAAGUUAGAGAGCCUCCUUUUCAUCUGACCAGAAGAGGCUGGGGUGAGUUUCCUGUCAGAGUUCAAGUUCACUUUAAGGACAGCCAGAACAAGCGGAUAGAUAUCAUACAUAACCUGAAGCUGGAUAGAACUUAUACUGGUUUGCAGACUCUUGGAGCAGAGACGGUAGUGGAUGUUGAGCUCCACCGGCAUUCUCUUGGAGAAGAUGCCAUUUACCCUCAGUCCUCCGAGUCAGACAUCUCUGAUGCCCCACCGUCUUUGCCUUUGACCAUUCCAGCCCCAGUGAAAGCUUCCUCACCAAUAAAGCAGUCACAUGAGCCAGUUCCUGAUACCUCUGUGGAGAAAGGAUUCCCUGCCAAUACUGAAACUGAGAGGCACACUGCGUUUUAUUCUUUGCCAUCUUCAUUGGAACGAACACCCACCAAAAUGACAACAUCCCAGAAAGUUAUGUUUUGUUCUCAUGGCAAUUCAGCAUUUCAGCCAAUAGCAUCAAGCUGCAAAAUUGUGCCACAGAGUCAGGUUCCUAACCCCGAGUCACCUGGGAAAUCCUUCCAGCCUAUCACCAUGAGCUGCAAGAUUGUUUCAGGUUCCCCCAUAUCAACGCCAAGUCCAUCACCAUUGCCUCGAACCCCAACUUCCACUCCAGUCCAUGUGAAGCAAGGCACUGCCAGCUCUGUUAUUAGUAACCCUUAUGUUAUCAUGGACAAGCCAGGGCAGGUUAUUGGAGCCACCACUCCCACCACAGGAAGUCCUACAAACAAGCUCUCUACUGCCUCUCAGGCCUCCCAAGGAGCAGGUUCCCCUAUUCCUAAAAUUCAUGGAAGUAGUUUUGUAACAUCUACUGUCAAGCAGGAAGAUUCUUUAUUUGCAUCUAUGCCACCUCUUUGCCCAAUUGGGAGUCAUCCUAAGGUUCAAAGCCCCAAACCUAUUACUGGAGGACUUGGAGCUUUCACAAAAGUAAUCAUCAAACAGGAACCUGGUGAAGCCUCUCACGUGCCCACAACAGGAGCUGCCAGCCAGUCACCACUCCCUCAGUAUGUAACUGUGAAAGGGGGUCACAUGAUAGCCGUGUCCCCUCAAAAACAGGUCAUAACUGCUGGAGAAGGGACUGCCCAGUCACCAAAGAUUCAGCCCUCCAAGGUUGUCGGGGUGCCAGUUGGAUCCACUUUACCUUCAGCAGUGAAACAGGCUGUAGCGAUCAGUGGUGGCCAAAUCCUUGUAGCCAAGGCCAGCUCUUCCGUCGCCAAAGCAGUUGGUCCAAAGCAAGUUGUGACCCAAGGAGUUGCCAAAGCAAUUGUGAGUGGAGGUGGAGGAACCAUUGUCGCUCAGCCAGUGCAAGCCCUAACCAAGGCUCAGGUCACUGCUGCUGGCCCUCAGAAGAGUGGAUCCCAGGGUUCAGUAAUGGCAACAUUGCAGCUACCGGCCACUAAUUUGGCCAACUUAGCAAAUUUGCCACCAGGCACUAAACUCUACCUUACAACAAACAGCAAGAACCCUUCAGGAAAAGGAAAACUGCUGCUGAUCCCUCAAGGAGCCAUCCUGCGAGCCACCAACAAUGCUAACCUACAGGCCAGCUCAGCUGCCAGUAGUGCUGGUGGUGCAGGAGGCAGCAGCAGCUGUGGCAGUGGAGGCAGCAGCAGUGGAGGAGGAGGGACAGGAGGAACCCAAAGCCCUGCUGGGCCUGGAGGGAUAUCCCAGCACCUGACUUACACAUCUUAUAUCCUCAAGCAAACACCCCAGGGUACAUUUUUAGUUGGCCAGCCAUCACCCCAGACAUCUGGAAAACAGCUGACUACUGGGUCAGUGGUCCAAGGAACACUGGGAGUCAGCCCAUCUUCUGCACAAGGGCAACAAACAUUAAAAGUCAUCUCUGGACAAAAAACCACUUUGUUUACCCAGGCAGCCCCUGGGGGACAGGCGUCACUAAUGAAAAUAUCUGAUGGUACAUUGAAGUCGGUGCCAGCCACCUCACAACUUUCAAAGCCUGGAACCACAAUGCUGAGAGUAGCAGGAGGGGUUAUCACAACUGCCACUUCAUCAGCUGUGGCCCUCUCAGCAAAUGGUCCUGCACAGCAGUCAGAAGGAACAGCUCCCAGUUCAUCAUCUACUAUAGGUUCUAUAAUGAAAACUGGGCAGCAACAAGUGUGUGUGAGCCAGGCCACCAUGGGAACCUGCAAGUCUGCUGCUCCCUCUGUCAUCAGUGCCACGUCUCUGGUGUCCACACCAAACCCCAUCUCUGGAAAAGCUACAGUAUCAGGGUUAUUAAAGAUUCACUCCAGUCAAUCCAAUCCCCAGCAGGCUGUCCUGACGAUCCCCAGCCAGCUCAAACCACUCAGUGUAAAUACAUCUGGAGGUGUGCAGACCAUACUGAUGCCUGUAAAUAAAGUGGUUCAGUCAUUUUCUGCCAGCAAGUCACCUACCAUUCUGCCUGUAGCUGCCCCAACUCCAGUUGUCCACAGCUCAGCUCCAGCAACUGUUACAAAAGUGAAGACUGAACCAGAAACUCCUGGGCCAAGCUGCCUCUCUCUGGAGGGUCAGACAGCAGUGAAAACAGAAGAAAGUUCUGAGCUGGGAAACUAUGUUAUUAAGAUAGACCAUUUAGAGACUAUCCAGCAACUCUUAACAGCAGUAGUCAAGAAGAUCCCAUUAAUCACUGCUAAAAGUGAAGCUGCCAGCUGCUUUUCUGCCAAGUCUUUGGAGCAGUACUGUGGCUGGAACAUUGGGAAGAGGAGAGCCGCUGAGUGGCAAAGAGCAAUGACAAUGCGAAAAGUCUUACAAGAAAUACUAGAGAAGAAUCCACGAUUUCACCACCUGACGCCCCUUAAAACCAAGCACAUUGCACAUUGGUGUCGCUGUCACGGCUACACCCCACCUGAUCCCGAGAGCCUGAGGAGUGAUGGGGACUCUAUUGAGGACGUGCUGACCCAAAUUGACAGCGAGCCAGAGUGCCCGUCAUCGUUCUCCUCCGCCGACACCCUGUGCCAGAAACUGGAGGACCUCCAGCAGUUUCAGAAGAGAGAACCAGAGAACGAGGAGGAGGUGGAUGUUCUCAACCUCUCGGAGCCAUUGCAGAUCAACAUCAAAAAAGAACAGGAGGAGAAACAGGAAGAAAUGAAAUUCUACCUGCCACCUACACCAGGGUCAGAAUUUAUUGGCGACAUCACACAGAAGAUUGGGAUCACCUUGCAGCCCGUGGCACUUCACAAGAACGUGUAUGCGUCGGUGGUGGAGGACAUGAUUUUCAAGGCUACAGAGCAACUGGUGAGUGACAUCCUGAGACAGGCUUUGGCGGUUGGAUACCAGACAGCAUCCCACAACAGGAUUCCCAAAGAAAUUACAGUGACUAAUAUUCACCAGGCCAUUUGCAACAUUCCUUUUCUGGACUUCCUCACAAACAAGCACAUGGGGAUACUGAAUGAAGACCAGUGAAUGGGUGCCCCUUAGCAAAGCAGGACCUGGAGCUGUUUCUGAAGCUUUGAACUGUGUUGACUCUUCUGUUUGGGGAAGGAGGUUGUCAUCUGUGCCUCAGAAUAUGGUUACUGAACCACUACCUCCAGUUAAUUCAGUGUAACACCAGAGUGUUCAAUCCUAGAUCACAUCCCUUUGGGACACAAGUUUCCUGAUUCUGGAGUGAAGCUGUGGACGCGUGCUCUGUCAACUCGCAUUUGUUCACUCUCAGUAAAGCUCACUGGGCCAGGCCAUGUGUAUCAGGUCCUUCUGUCCGCUGGGCACCCUCAAGGGGGCACCUUGGGCCUGCAUCUCCCUCCAGGAGGCAGAACAUGAUUCUGACAGGCUAGAGAUUUCACCCAUUUUGUGGGCUGGGGUUACAGGCUGCCCCAACAGUUACCCUGGUAACACCUGGAAAAGGACUAGGCUCCAGCACUUAGCGGGUGGCGGCAGUGUGGGGGCUCUGCACUCGGCCCACGUGCAGCAGCUACAGGACUCAGGAAUGCUGUGCAGAAAAAGGCCUGCAAGGUUGCAGCCUGAGCAGAAUUCCUUUUCACAGAGCAUAGGAACAUUACUAUAACCACUCUCGGAGAGGAGGGAAAGACAGGGUCAAGGGAGAGAGACAUCUCUCCAGAAAGGUUCAACUAUAACCAAGAAGCUCUUAAUAUGCCCAUAGUAGACAACACCCACAGAUCUCAGGCUCUUGGCAGACUCAUACCAGCUUUUU